AUGCACGUCAAACUCUCCACUUUGGCCGCUUUGGCUCUCACCGCGCCUUUCGGAUAUGCCCAAUCUAGUUCGGCUUCUGCCUCAGGAGCCGCUAGCAGUGGCAGCGCAUCGUCCUCCUCAUCGGGAUACAUUCAGGCUGUCCUUGGAGCCUUGCAAUCCGCCAACUUGACCAUGUUGGCAUCUGCGGCUGAAAAAAUCGCCAACAGCACGGACGGAAUGAUGUUGCUCUCGUCGCUAGGAAAUGGCAACAAGACCGUCUUUGCCCCUACCAACUCUGCCUUCUCCAACGUCUCUAGCAGCGUCGACUUGAACAACGCCACGCUCGUCACGGAGAUCUUGGCCUACCACAUCCUCAACAACACUUGGUCUGGAGCAGCCGUUGCUACGUCUCCGAACCACACCAUCGCUCGAACCCUCCUCAACAUGGGCAUGUACGCUCUGCCUGGAAACAAGAGUGCUCCUUUGGUCCUGUCGAAGAUGUCUUCCAACGCUUCCGACUUUAUGAUCGUCGAGCCAAUGAUGAACGUCACUGCCAUGGGUAACGGAACCACCGCAGCCAACCUAAAGAUUUACAUCAUUGACGAAGUCCUCAUGCUCCCUCUCAACGUCUCUGGAGCCGCCAUGGAAUUCGUCCCCUCCCUCGCUGGAGUCGUUGAGAAAGCUGGUCUCCUUGAACCUCUGGAAAUGGCAGAGGCAAUCACCGUCUUUGCACCCAACGACGCUGCCAUCUCUGCCGUCAUGAGUCAAGUCGGUCAACUCAACUCGUCCAUGAUCCAAACCGUCCUCGCCAACCACGUCAUCAACGGUUCCAUCGUCUACUCCCCUGAUCUCUCUUCCGGAAACUACACCUCGGCCGCUGGUGAACCAUUCAAAUUCAUGACCAACUCGUCGGGAACUUAUGUCAUGAGCGCAAACUCUACCGCCAUGAUCGUUCAGAGCGAUAUCAUUCUCAACAACGGUGUCAUGCACAUCAUCGACGGCCUCCUCCUCAACACCAUGUCCGACCCUAGUGCCGCUGCAUCAGCUUACAGCUCUGGGAUCAACAACCAAAUGACCAUGACUGAAGCCACUGGUGCCAUGACGGCCGCGACUUCCGCCGCUCAGACCAGUGGCAGUGGAUCUAGCACUUCAGGAGCUGCAUUCACUCGCGCUCAACUCGUCUCCCAGGGUGGAAUGGGAAGCAUCCUUCUCGGAGCCAUCGGAGCCGUCGUCGGAGGUGCCUGGUUGUUGAUGUAA